ACAACCGGAAGCUGCGUAACCACCGGAAGUUACCGCUGCCAUUUUGACACCGGGAAGAGCGGAGAGCUCGGAUACUGCGUGUUUGUUUUCGUCAGUCUUAAACCCGCAUAAAACGAUUUCACCAUGGCUAUGCAAGCAGCAAAACGCGCGAAUAUACGACUGCCCCCGGAGGUGAACAGAAUCCUGUACGUCAGGAACCUUCCCUACAAAAUCACAGCUGAGGAAAUGUAUGAUAUCUUUGGGAAAUAUGGACCAAUCCGCCAAAUCAGAACAGGGAACACGCCUGAAUCGAGAGGAACAGCGUAUGUGGUUUAUGAAGACAUCUUUGACGCCAAGAAUGCCUGCGACCAUUUGUCAGGCUUCAAUGUCUGCAACCGUUACCUGGUGGUCCUCUACUACAAUGCAAACAGAGCUUUCCAGAAGAUGGACACAAAGAAGAAAGAGGAACAGCUGAAACUUCUAAAAGAGAAAUACGGCAUCAACACAGACCCCCCAAAGUAGAGUUGUGGAAAAACCACCCUCACUUCUGGCUCGAAAUCCUUCUUUCCAUCUGUACAAACGUUCCUUCGCUUACACCAGUAGUCAAUUUAAUGAUUCUCCUGUUAAAUGUUCUUUUUUAUAAUGAUUGUUUUAAAAGGGGGAUUUUCUUUUUCAGUAUUUCCAUCAUCAAAUCUCUGAACACCUCUGGCGGUUGGGUAGCUGUUGAUUUUUAACAAAACAAACUCUUCAAGAGAGCCCAGUGUGACAAGGAAUGGCUUGUAUACUUAACACAAACACACAUGAAAUCUAUCCGUGACCCAGCAGUGUGUCAUUCAUUUGAGUUGAUUAUAUGGUUUCUGUAAAAUAAAUGCUCCUAUUCUAA